AUGUACUAUGAUCCUGAGUAUGCCCGAAUCGCAGCGGAGGAGCUCGGAGAAGAUGAACAAAAUUCCUUCUCCGAUGAUGAUCCAGCUGACCGAGGGUGGUCCACAUACGUUACAGAUGCCAACGCUUUUUUUGCAGGUAGGAGGAUAAAACCUAAAGCAUGGCGGUUUUAUUAUGACAGAGGCCUCUGCGCUAGACUUGCACUCUACUGUUACAAUCUUCAGAAGGGCACAGCUUGCGAUUUUCGGUUUAUCAGUCAGUUACAUGAGCAGACUCACCUUUACUUCACCAAGUCUUUCGUAACAUUUGAGGCCGUUAAUCCAGCCGACCGUUCUCCACUGACUUUCGAGACUUGUGUUAAGCAUAACGAUGAUCAAGUUACACACGUCCCAAAUUUGUGGUGGGAGACGCACAUUUGCAGGGUGGAAGGUAGCGAAGAGGCUGAUUAUGAGUGGAACGAUGGAGCAGUACAUGAUUAUUACAAAGGUGAAAUGCCUAAAUGGCUGUCUGAUGACCGUCAGCAACGAUGCUAUGUGGUUGAACAAUCAGAGCUUCAUGACGAGAAAAACGGGUGGCUGCCUCUCUUAACCGAGUUUGCCUUCUUCACGAAAUGGAAUGGACCGCUCAGUCCGGGAGAGAUUGAAGAUUGCCGACCCUUGAUUACUCAACAUGUGGUUGUGGAAACCCUUGAUGAGAAAGAGCCGAGUGAUAAGCUCAAUGCGGCCAAUGCAGUCUUCUAUAUAUCUUUUGAGUGCGUGGAGGAUCCAACAAUAGGUCGUUACAGGGCGGUCAUACGGAAGACGAUGGAUGGGAAACCGGGGCACAUGAGCCUCGAGGUUACGUGUUGGAGGUUUGCAACAAGUACGCUACGGUAA